AUGGAUAAAGAGCAUCGUUCACAUGAUUUCGUCUGGGUAAAUGACAACCUCCGGAAUAUCUCCUUAUAUGGCAAUAGUCCUACAUCAGAAGGAUUUUUGGACGAAGGAAGAUUCGUGGGGACUUUGGUAAAGGUCAAUGUCAAUCCGUAUAGGAGAAGGAGAGAAGGGUCCAUGAGAUACUCCAACCUCUUAGAGCAUUUCCAGCAACUCGGGCUGGGGGCGGGCUGGGGGGAGUUUGGGGCUUUUUGGCGUUUCCAGCAACAAAAGGGAGUCCGGGCAGGAGGUGGGGGCCAGCAGCCUGGGCUGGCCCGUGGUGGGGUUCGGCCCGAGCACUUGCCUGCUGGCUGA